AUGGCGAUAGCAGCGCUGGAGUUGAUGGGUUUCUUUUUUGGCCUUUUUGGCAUGCUUGGGACGCUGGUAGCCACUCUUCUGCCAUAUUGGGCGACGUCCGCACACGUUGGCCCCAACAUCGUGACGGCGGUGGUCAGCAUGAAAGGUCUGUGGAUGGAGUGUGUGUACCAGAGCACUGGAGCCUUCCAGUGUGAGACCUACAACACCCUUCUGGGACUCUCCACUGAUCUACAAACAGCCAGAGCCAUGAUGGUCAUCUCGUCCAUCUUCUCAGUCAUGGCCUGUGCCGUGUCCACCGUCGGCAUGCAGUGCACCGUCUGCAUGGACGGCUCUUCGAUCAAGACCAAGGUGGCUGGGGCAGGUGGUUCCCUGUUUCUCCUGGCAGGGCUUUUGGCGUUGAUCCCUGUGUCUUGGAAGACCCAUGAGGUGGUGCAGACCUUCUACAUGCAGAACAUGCCAGCCGGGCUAAAGUUUGAGAUCGGCGACUGCCUGUAUGUGGGGUUGGCUUCUUCACUCUUGUCCAUGCUUGGUGGAGGGCUGUUGAGUGCAUCCUGUUGUGAUGAUUUAGAUGGUAGCAGGGGAACCAGACGCCAUUACCCCUACCCUGACCGCACCGUCCCGCGCGGACAGCCCCUUUCCAUGCCUUACCAUCCAGUUACUCUACAUUCCACCACUAACCCCAACUUUACCAGCAAGAACCAGACCCUUAACAGCCAUACAAGCACUAGUACCCACUCCAACACGCCCGCCCAGGAUCCCAGGAAAUCGGCUCGGCAGAACACAGCAGCCGGUUAUGACGUCACCGGCUACGUUUGAGGAUUUGCGCUAAUC